CAUAACGUGUCUCAGUCUUGAAUCGAAACCCCAGUUCCAGUCAUAGUCCAUUUAUUGCAAAGUUAUCUACAACUAUUAUUCCGUUCUGCAACUGAGAUCAGCACUUGGCGAAAAUUUAAUCAAGUGUCCGGCGCAUGCGCAUGACGGUAAUUGACCGAAGACUGAGCCGUGACAGCGGGACUGGACUGUAAACAACCGUGACGGGUGGACAGUUGACGGAUCAUGGCUACACCGAGCGAAGAGAAGGGCCAGACCGGGAAGAGGCGCUUCCUCAGCGGGGUGGUUGAAGGUUUUUAUGGGCGUCCAUGGACUAUGGAGCAAAGAACAGACCUUUUCAAACGGGAGCAGAAGUUGGGCCUGAACACAUAUCUGUACGCACCCAAGGAUGACUACAAGCACAGGAUGUACUGGAGAGAGCUGUACUCUGCUGGAGAAGCAGAUCAACUCAUGGCUCUGAUAUCUGCCGCGAAAAAGCACAAUGUUGAGUUCGUAUACGCCAUCUCUCCUGGCCUGGACAUUACAUUCUCCAACCCGAAAGAGGUUGCGGCUCUCAAGAGGAAGCUGGACCAGGUGAGACAGUUCGGCUGCCUCUCCUUCUCUUUACUCUUCGAUGACAUUGAGUCGGAGAUGUGUCCAGCGGACAAACAAGCCUUCAGCUCCUUCGCACACGCUCAGGUGGCGCUCACUAAUGAGAUCUACCAACAUUUAGGAGAACCUGAGACCUUCCUCUUCUGUCCCACCGAUUACUGUGCUGCGUUUUGCACUCCCGACGUGGCCCAGUCCUCUUACCUGCACACUGUGGGAGACAAUCUGCUGCCUAGGAUUGACAUACUGUGGACAGGUCCAAAAGUAGUGUCCAACAAAAUUCCAGUUGAGUCCAUCGACGAGGUUUCGUCAGUGUUGAAGCGAGCGCCCGUCAUCUGGGACAAUAUUCACGCCAACGACUACGACCCACAGAGGCUUUUUCUGGGACCUUACAAGGAUCGUUCCACUGAGCUGAUCCCGAAAUUGAGAGGGGUGCUCACCAACCCCAACUGUGAGUUUCAUCCGAAUUUUGUCGCCAUCCACUCUUUAGCGACUUGGUGCAAAGCUUCCCCCGAUGGAGAUCAGCGGGACGUGGAGAUGGGUGAUGAGGAGGAAGAUCCGUGCUACAGUCCCCAAAAAGCUCUGACGCUGGCUCUCACUGACUGGCUGCAGGAGUUUGUCCUGACAGAUCAGCCCAGAGUGACCUCUGCAGGUGCUCGUCCUGCUUCGUCCGGCCUCAGAAAAGACCCCUCUGAAGAGGAGCCCAUGCAGACAGACAUGGGGGACAACCCCUAUGUUCCAGGGCCUGGAGAGAACCCUCUAUACACGGCUGAGCCACUAACUUUAGACGACCUGCGGCUGCUGUCGGACCUCUUCUACCUGCCGUACGAACACGGCCCGAAGGCCAGGAGCAUGCUGCAGGGGCUGGACUGGCUAAAAACCCACAGCGGAGCCCUUUCAGCUGACGCGGCCCAGACGGCGGAGUGGUGCUCACGUGCGCAGCAGUUCGACGAGAUGUGCGAGUCGGUGGUGCAGAUGUUCAACCGACUGUCCAACGCCCCCAACCGCAACAUUCUCUACGACCUCUACAAUUAUAUCUGUGACAUCAAGAGCGGCGUCGGCAUGGCACGGGCCUAUGUGAAGACUUUGGGAGGACGGGGCCGACCCUCCAUGCAGCUAAUGAACGAUGACCCUGAACCCUGGAGCUUUAGAGGAGGUCUCUCCGGAGAGUUCCAGAGGAUGCUUCCGGGUCAUGGAAGCAGGGAUCUAUUCAGGCAUCCACCGAGGACGGCUGUGUACUGCACAAGACCCUACUGCCCAGAGGACCAGGUGGAAGUUCAGAGAAUAUACAGGGAGAUGCUUCAGGACACAACACAGCCUCCUCUGAUCAGUGACAGUCUGUCCACAGGUGAGAUCUCUCCAUCGCCUCUUUGUGCUCUUGUGCUGGAGGAUGACUUGGGCCUGUGCGGCUACACUCUGGCUCUCACCGAUGCUAAACCAGCGGCCGCCAAAAUCCAGAGGUUGAUAAGUGACUCUGUGUUUGAGGACUUUCCUUCACUGGUCACUGCUCAAGUGCUUCCACGAGUCACUGACCCCACACCAGUCAGGCGUAUGAUUGGUCAGUUGUUGUCUUCCGUACGGAGCACUGGGUCAAGGGGAGUCUUCUGUGAGCUGAGACACAGCGAUCGGAGAAUGGUGGAUUUCUUCACCAAACUCGAAACCUUCAAAACCGUCCAAACAGACUGUGAGCAUACGGUCGUCAUGGCAACAAGCCUGUAGCCGGAUCAGAUUCUUUUUUCAUUUAAAUUCAACAGCUUCCAGAAAUUCUUAAUAAAAAAGUAUUUUUCGGUUCUGUACUUCAGACUUUGAUGGUAUGAAAGUACUGACCCCCCGAUGAUCAAAUCUUUAUUUAGCCCACACAUUACGACAUUAUUGUUGUUUUUUAAGGUAAAUCCAUCCAUCCAUCUAGUAAACAGUCAUUUGAGGCUGCUGAGACAAAACAAUGUCUGAUACUCUACACGUAUCAGAUGCUCAGCAGCAGGAGGUUGAGCGUUAAUUCCAGUUAGUGCACGAGAUGUGGCCAAACUCUGGGGUCCAAAACAAGCUCAGCUGGUGAAAUAAUGCCAACAGAUUCACUGCUUUUGUUGUACUGAAUGAGUGUGACCCAAAUGUCUGGACACAUGAUACUAAAGUUUAGUGAGCUAAUGGAAUCACAUACACUUUAAGAUACGUUUCAAUGGAUCACAUCAAAAAUAAGCAGUGUCUCCUCUUGAAGGCAUUUAAUCAAGUCUCGAGAGUACAAAAGAUAUAUUACUGAGGAAUCUGAAAAUAAGGUCUGUAUUAAAUAGGUACAAACACACAUGUAAGACAUUGAUGUCGCAACAGCAGCGACUACAUUG